AUGGAAGAAGAACAAAAGAAACAUUCACCGGUUCUUCAGAGAGAAGGAACAUUUCAGUGCGAAAUAUGUGGAUUAAACAGUAGUAAUAGAACAGCGUUUAAUAGUCAUUUAUCUUGUCAUUCGAACUUGAAACCACAUUUAUGUGAAACUUGUGGUAAAGCAUUCAAAAGAAGAAGUAAUUUAAAAGUGCAUACACGCAUUCAUACAAAAGAAAAACCUUAUGUAUCUGAAGUCUGUAAUAAAACAUUCAAUACAAGAACUACAUUAAGACACCAUUUGAGUAUUCAUACAAAAGAUAAACCUCAUGUCUGCGAUAUUUGUAAUAAAGCAUUCGCUCGUGUAUCUAGUUUAAAGGAACAUUUACGCAUUCAUACAAAAGAACAACCUUAUGUUUGUGAAUUCUGUGGCAAAAAUUUUUCACAAUUAAUCGUUUUAAAAAGACAUUUACGCAUUCAUACAAGAGAAAAACCUUUUGUUUAUGAAGUUUGUAGUAAAGCAUUCACCGAAAGAGGUGCAUUAACCAAACAUUUACGGAUUCAUUCAAAGGAAAAACCUUUUGUUUGUGAAGUCUGUAAAAAAGCUUUUUCUGAUUUAUCUAAUUUAAGAACACAUUUACGCACUCAUAAAGGAGAAAAGCCCUACGUUUGUGAAGUUUGUGGCAAUAAAUUCAGUGAUAAAGCUAAUUUCGGGAGACAUUUACGUAUGCAUACAAAAGAAAAGCCUUAUGUCUGCGAAAAACUCCACAUGAAUGACAUUGCAGAAGUCAGUCUUUCUCGGAUGCGUCACAUGAAUGAAAAAAAUUAUAUAUGUGAAGUAUGUAAUAAAACAUUCAAUAGAAAAAGUACAUUAAUGGGACACUUGAUUAUUCAUUCAGAUGAUAAACCUUAUGUCUGUGAUAUCUGUAGUAAAGCCUUCGCACUAUUAGUAGUAUAUAUUAUGCUGCUCAAAGAAGUAGCAGUAGGUGAUGAACAGUGUAUAGAUCAAAGUUGUAUAAAAUAUGCAAGUAAGAGUAUCACCUCUGCUGAAAGAGUGACUUUAUUGGCUACAGCGUUUCUGUGGGGAUCUGAAAAAGGUCCCCUGUGCAUCAUAACAUAUUCUGCAAAAUCUUGA